AUGAGCACUCAAUCAACAAAUAACAGGACGGCCGACACCACCGGUCAGCCGACCCGCAGGCGAUUUGGAUGGGAGCAAGAUGGGGUCAACGGCGGCUUAACGAGUAUUCAACUGCUCCUCCUCUGGAUGACUGGUCAAGGAAACUAUGCCAGAUGGUGGGGAAGCACGUUUGACCGACGCGAGCGCGAGGAUGUUUGCACCGAGAUUCAGGAGUUCUUCCAGAUUCAAGGCAAUAUCAGACGAGACACCCGAGAUAUCAAUCACAAGAUCCUCCUCGUACGGAGGUCUUACGUGGAGGCUCAUGAGUUUGUCAUGCAUGCAACAGGGAAUCCUCUGACUCAGGAGCCUAUGGUACUAGGGUAUGCACGGCGUGUUUGCCCCUACUGGGACUUGCUGGCCCCCGUGAUUGGUCCUUUGGAGUACCAACCAGUGGAAGUCAUUGAAGACAAUGUCACACUUACUGAUCCAGCCCCAUCGGACAAUGACUCCACCAAUACCUCUUGA